GGAUUUUGCUCAAAACGAAAAAUCGUUGGCUAGCCAGGAGUUUAGCGUGAUUGAAUCGAUUGAGGAAAUGUCACGACCGUCUUCUUUACGACACGUUAUGCUAAACGGUGUACUGCAACAGCAUAUCAUAAACUCUCAUGGACAUUUUAUCGAUUUACUUGGUGCAGUACCGAUGAAUGACCGACUAUCGAUCACAGCUGACGAUCGUACUCUGAAGAGACUUUUGGCGAAGUUGGCAGCCGAUGAUGUAUUAGAUGAAGAAUUCGCGAUGAUUCCGAAUCGACGUAUGUCUGCCGGUGUGUCAACUAGUCAGAAACCGGAAAAUAUGAAACGGAACCGUACACGGUCGAUAGUGCCAUACGAAGACACGCGAAUUGUGUUGCACUCAAAGCAAUCUAAUCCAACAGGUUAUAUCAAUGCUUCAAAUAUUCAGAUUCCAAUCGGCGACCGAAUUUUGCAAUAUAUAUUGACACAGGCUCCACUUCCGGAUACUAUCGAAGAUUUCUGGCAGAUGAUUUGGGAAUCUGGCUCACAGCUUAUUGUCAUGCUUUGCAAUGCUCAAGACUUGAAAAAUACCACAAUACCCAUUUAUUGGCCAACAAAAGUGACAGAGAGGCUAAGAUUAUCAGACCAUUCAGUGACAUUACUUUCAAGUACGUCAAGUAAACAUCAAGUAACAAUGAUGUUUCAAUUGAAGCAGAAUAUGAGUGGUGAACGACGAACUAUUUACCAUCUUAGGUUGAUGGAUUGGGAAAGUGGUGGAAUACCGCCGAGUGAAGAGUCCUUCCUUGGAUUUAUGGAUGCUGUCAAUAGUGUUCGACGACACUUGGAAAAUGAACAGUUGAAGAAAACAAAUUUCGGAGCGGUAUCAGGAUCCAGAAAAAAUCGAAACAAUUGUCAUUUAAGUUUAACGGAUCCAACAAAUCUAAAUAGGACACAAUCGACUGAUUUCGGUCAUUACAACUGGUGUAAAAAAGGAUUGCAUAUGGUCAAUUAUGCAUUGCAUUAUUCACCUUCUGGCCAUUCGGAUGCUUUAUCAUCGGAAUUUUCAUCUACUAGAAGAAAUGGGGCAAUGGUAGAUGUGAUCGCACCACCAACCGUCAUACAUUGCCUGACAGGUGCUCACGAAUCUGGUGUUUACCUGCUUGUGGAACUGAUGAUCCAUUGUAAUGAGCAUAACAUGUGUGUGGAUAUUGGCAAAACAUUGGCAAUGUUACGACAGCAACGGAUGUGUUUGGUGAAAAACGUGGAACAGUACCGCUUUGUAUAUUCCGUACUAAUCAAUUAUUUGCAAAAAUCGCGGCUCAUUUAGAAAAAAAUGAAAGAUUUCAUUGUGCCAUCACCCAUUUAAUAUAUAAUAUAAUUGAAUAUAACCAAUUAACACUUCCUCUUUCUUCAUGGAAAUUUCAAAC